AUGUCGAGUUCUUCCAAGACGGUCCUCGCUACCGUAGCAAUGUCCAGCUGGGCGACCCUGAUACGAUGCCUGGACGAUUUCUUCCAUGAUCAGCCCUCCUUCAACUUUACACAAGUACGGCCAAAAAUACUGCAAAUGCCGUCUGUACUCGCAAAGCAAACCCACCUGACAUUUAGUUACGUACUCGCGCGAGAAUUUGACAAGUCUAUGCGUCUCGACUACUCUAUGAUCCAAAAAGCUGCCAAAGAUUUCGGAACGUGGCGGGAUGACCGGGACUUUGGUCCGAUGAAUCCGGUCCAGCGUCGCGAACUUAGUGGGGAGACGACUACGUUUGCGCCUCUGGCUCUUACGCGUACUUCGGCUACCGCUUGGUUUGACAGCAGUGAGGAUCGGCCGUGGAGGCUUGAGUGCAUGAAGCAGAAUAGUACUCUCAACUCGAGUGCUAUUCCAGGGCCGCUGGUUGUCGUAGAGGAUUUGUACAGGCUUGUCAUCCACGAGUGGGCUCAUUUGGCGGCUUUUUUUACGCGCGAUCUCAACGCUAUUGAGUGGGCAUUACAGCGCGGCAGUGGUGCUUACGAGAACGACGUGAAUCAUCUCCGCAACGCCAUGCGCGACAUGUUCUUUUCCCGUCGCCGCAUGUCGCAUUACUGCUCCCUCAUCAAACACUGCGCAGAGUCGGCUGCCAUCCACGGCCGGCCCAUCUGGUGCACGACGCACAACUCUACAGAGGCGCAACGGCUCACAACGAGACAAACGGCAUCAGACUUGCAAAGGGACCUCUGCGCGCUGGAGCACACAAUGACGCAGAUCCAUCUACGUUUGCAGAGCACAAUGACACACAUCACAGCAGAGACGACGGUCAUGGAGGCCGGCCGCACGCGCGUGCAAAACAAGAUUCUGCUCGUCCUCGCCAUCAUCGGCGUCAUCUUCCUCCCCGUCUCUUCACUGGCGGCAGUUUUUAGCAUGGGCGGUUCUUGGGCAGCUGGUGAGCGAAAUUUUGGCAUGUUUUGGGUUAUAUGUGGUCCGGUCGAGGUUGUGCUCCUGGGCCUACUGCUUGCCGUGAGCUAUUGGGACAUCAUCUCUAGUCCAUAA